CUAAUUUUCUCAAGCGAGGGUCGACACAUCCGCCCAGUUUUCCGAUGUUUCAUUCCCCCCGAGUUGAAAAUGGAGUUCGAUUAAAGCAGAUGUCCACCAACUUCUCAAGGAAAUUUCAAAUCUAAAUGAUUUUACUUUCCGCAUCAGUAUUCAUAUUGAAAACAGCUGAACCUUUUUUUUUUUUUUUGGCUUUGGAUGCCUUUACUGCAAAUUACUCGGACACGUUGACGGAGCAACGCUCCACAACGCUUUUUCAAGUGUUGUCCUGGACCUGAAGUUGGCGAAUGGAUGCUCGACAGCCAGCCAUAAAUAACCUGCCAAACGUUACAGACUACAACAUUUUAUACAUUUUUUAAGGAUCUAUUCUUAUUUUUGCAAAGCGGGGAUCUGUGGUUGUUGAAGAGGAUGAUGCCGAUGGCCCAUUUGUUGUGGUCGGAUUUUACUUCCAGGGAGGAUAAAAUGAAUCAACGAUUGUCAUUCCUCCUCGCGAUUUAACGUUAGUUCCAGGCAGCGAAGCUAACGUUAAACUAUCUCCACUUGGUUUUCACAAGGACGCUUAGCUAGGCAUGCCCCGUUGUACAUCAUUUACUUACCAUCCAAAAUAGGGGUAAUUUCUAUAUGUGAAGGAAAAUGGUGAUAUUUGUGGUAUUUUAUCCCGCCGUCACUGCGUCGUCGAUGCUAUUGCUAGGAUUUGGAUCCCCGUGAGGAAAAAAUGAGUGAAGAUUCAACAAAUCCAAACAACGAUGACAGUUAUGCGCGUGUGAGAGCAGUGGUCAUGACUCGGGAUGACUCCAGUGGUGGGUGGCUUCCCCUGGGGGGCGGAGGCCUUAGCUGUGUCACUGUCUAUAAGGUCAGCCGGGCGGAGGACAGCGGCAGCACCCACAGCGGAGGCAGCGAAGGAAGCAGCAGCAACCUCAGCCCCUGCAGCUCCAGUCCUAGUCCCAGCCCCAGCCCCAGUCCCAGUCCCAGCCCCAGCCCCAGCCCCACCGCUGUGGAAUUUCACAUCAAGGGCGAGAGGCUCAAAGACAAAUUGGUGGUGCUGGAGUGUGUCCUGCAGAAAGACGUAAUAUACAACAAGGUCAACCCCAUCUUCCACCACUGGAGGAUCAACGACAAGAAGUUCGGACUGACUUUCCAGAGCCCUGCUGACGCCCGUGCCUUUGACCGGGGCAUACGUCGGGCCAUUGAGGACAUCAACCAAGGUUGUCGGCCAUUUGGGGAAGGGGAUACUCCCGAGGAUGGACUACCGGUGUGUGACGAGCCUCCCUCCAUCUGUACCCCAAUGAAAGAGCCCUUCUCUCCCCUGAACAACGUCGUCUCCACCGAGCCAUUUGGGGGCUGCUACGUCCGCGCCCAACCCUUCGACGAAUUCCCCUCCAGAAACCGCCGCUACCUGCCUCCACAGGUCUCCUUCAAGUCGACUCGUCAUGUCAGUUUUCACAUGGACGAAGAGGAGAUUGUUCGCAUCAACCCGCGCAAAGACGUGCUCAUCCGCGGCUAUGAGGACUACCGCCACCCUGUCAUGUGGAAACAGGAGGCCGACCGCGAGGACCUGGACUUCCCCACCGCCUUCCACAAACUGGACAGUAAGAAGUGCGAGUACCUCUUCCCUGAUGGCCCCUGUGGGGACUCCCACUCUGGCCCUGGUAUGGGCAUUGGAACAGGUAUGGGGCUGGGGAUGGGCAAGGACACAGCCAUCAAGACUCAGCCCUCGCCCAUGCUCAAGUCCAAGAAGGGCCGGCGGCGGCGAGAGGACGGCGAGCGUUCGCGCUGCAUCUACUGUCGGGAGAUGUUCAACCACGAAGACAACUGGCGGGGGCAGUGCCAAGACGCCCCCGACCCGAUCAAGCAGUGCAUCUACAAAGUCAGCUGCAUGCUGUGCGCCGAGAGCAUGCUGUACCACUGCAUGUCCGACUCCGAGGGCGACUUCUCAGACCCGUGCUCAUGUGACACAUCUGACGAGCAGUUCUGCCUGCGCUGGCUGGCCCUGGUGGCGCUCUCCUCCAUCGCGCCCUGCAUGUGCUGCUACCUGCCUCUGCGCGCCUGCCACCACUGUGGCGAGGCCUGCCGCUGCUGCGGGGGCAAGCACAAGGCCGCGGGGUGACCUAACGGCAGACUCUGGGACACCCUCAAAGCUAGCUAACACAGGAAGUGGAUAAAAGCGGAAAAUUAAAAGCCGGCAUCCUUUUUUCAUUCCCCUCUCAGACGGGGUGAUAUGUUGUUGAUCCCCAGCUCUGAGGGCUUUUGGAGAUUUCAGUUUGUGUUUGUCGCCGACAAGCAGCAGUGGAGGACAAACCAUAUGCUUUGUGGGAGCUCUGAGCACCAAGCUAAGUUCAGGAGCUUAAUCUAAGGAGAAGAGGUGUAGGCAGCGUCAAGCUUAAUAGACUUGGAGAGGUUACUAAACACACCUGUACACACACACACACACACACACACACACACACACACACUCACACUCACACUCACACUCACACUCACACUCACACUCACACUCACACUCAUGCAUUGACAAAAACCAGGCCAUAAAUGUCAGAACUCUACUGCAAGAAAUGUGUAACUUUAUGAAGGAAAAUUGUCUUUUGUACAGACAGCGACAACGUAAUGACAAAAAAAAAAAAGAAAACAAAUCUAUUCUGCGUUCAGAAAAAAUACUUGCUGUUUGAGUAUGCUAAAAGGGAUAUGUUGUUGCUUUUUUGUGAAUUUACAGUUGGGUAACAGUGGCCUUUCCUUAAUGGCUUAAGCAUUUGCUGACAAUGUAAUUACUAGACAGAGAAAAGUGCACUAGAAAUGGUAUCCCCCCCCACCCCAGGAGUAAAAGGUAACCCUCUCAAAUUCUUGUGGUACAUUAACCACCAUAUGUAGUGUAAUUUUAACCUUUGAGAGAUGUUGAUGUGGUGGUUGUAUGGCCAAUUCCUUGUUUUCCUUUCCAUCGAAUGUUGAAAAAAAAGAAACUCAAAAGUUAGCUUGUUGUUAAAAAAGGUAUAUAGCUUUUUGACAUUCAUUAAGAAGAUGUUGAAAUGAUUACCUUGCUUUCCCGAGGUGGUUUAGAACAUUUGAUUGCAUUCCAAAAUAAAAAAGGGAUUGAUUCCAUGAUUAGAAGGGAAGAAUGGUAAUGACUUUACCAUGCCGGGUUCCCCAAAAUAGUUUUUUUUUUCUUCACCUCAUGAAAAUAGCAUUAGAACCUCUUGAACCAUUUAAAUUGAAACCAAUGACAUGCCCAAUUUCAUUUACUCCAGUGAAUUUCAGUUUUAGUCCAGUUAUUUACUGCUGUAGUGAAAUUGGUGUUUCUGUGUCUCAUUUGUUAUUUUCCUGCUCAUUUUAUAAUUAUUUGGGAAACAACAAAAGGCUGAAAUGUUGCUCAACCAGCAAGUUUUGUUUCGGUGAGUAAAGGGGUGACGGUGCUCCUUGGUUAAAUGAUGAGGCACUUAAAUUAGGUUUUUUUUUCUUCUUCUUUUUUUUAAAUGUAGAAUCCCUCAGAUUUUACAAUUACUCUGUACAUAAAUUUUACUAAUUUAACAUUUGAUUUAGCAUGGGGGAAAACCCUCCUGAAAGCACUGCUCUCCAAGCUUUGGUUGCAGCACCCUCUCUAAAUUUCCAUGUUUGUCCCAUGAGUCAGUUUUUUCUUUUUGUUUUCCUUUUAUUCCCCCCUCUGAAAUGUAGUAUUUCUUUGUUCCUCAAAAGUCCACUCCUUCCGUAUGUCUUCAUUUAACAGGCCCUGGAUGAAUGAAUGCGUUGUUUUCAGGAAUGUUGAGUAUCUUAGCUAUUUAAAAACAUACAGCUGUUAUGUUUGUGUGCGCGUGUGUGUGUAGCUCUUCAUAUGCACAUGUUGAUUUGGUGUCUUGUAACGUCACCACUGACUAUGUGAUUAGGGCUUUGACUUGUAACCGCGUCCUUUUUCCCGGAGCACCUUUGUCUAUUGAACAAAGAGACGAUCAAACGGUUAAAGGAAUACUUCGACAUUUUGGGGAAAUUCACUUAAUUGCUUUCUUUCUGAACGUUAGACGAGAAGAUCGAUUCCUCGGUCGGAUCUGUCUGUUGUUAAGCCAAUUUGUGGUUUUAUUGUGGGACUAUUUCUUGGGUGGGCACAGUGACUUCCUGGAUUCCUGUUGUCAACAUGAGGAUGCCAUGCAAAAACUCUAGGAAGUUACUGUGCCUGGCCAAGAAAUAGUCCCACACAUAACAUAACCUGUAAAACCACAACUUGUCAUUUUUCCUUUCUUUUUUUCUCCAGGUUAAAUAAACACGAUAUAAAUGUUAAUUAAUGAGCUUUUGCGAUGGCGACAGAACAAUUUAGUAACCUUUGAACAGAGCCAGGUUUCCCCAUGUUUCCAGUUUUUAAGCUAAGCUAACUGGCUGCUGGCUCUAGCUACAUAUGUAACUGCUCGAUAUGAGAGAAGUAUCAAUCCUCUCAUCAACUCUCAGCAAGAAAGCAAAUGAGCAUCAUUUCCAAAAUGUCAAACUACUCCUUUAAGAUCCUUUGGGAAACAGGGAGUCUAGUUGUGUUUGAAUCCCAUUUCCCGCCCAAAAGUGUAGAACAUUUUAAAUUAAACAAAACCAUUGAUGACUCAAACUAGUCUGAACAACAACAAACUCCCAACAGUAAUAACAGUUCAGUUUGGACUUCUGGCUGCAAUAACCAAUGAAAUUAUCCCUAACUAAGGCAUUGGCAUAUUUGAAAUUAGUGCUAAUUGGGAUUUACCUCAGUAUUUAACAGCAGAUUUGGUACAGCAUCAAUGUGCUGUUGCUAACAGAUAUGCAUCUCCUCUCACCUCCUGGCACUCUUGGUUAAAAAUGAUGUAUUGGCCCCUCGGUCUCGACAUAACUGGAUUACAGGAGGAACAUUUAUUUUCCUAAUUCCACCCUGACCAACACUCCCUUUACUUUCUAUGCAAACUUUCUAACGUGGGAAACACAUUAACCUCUCUGCAGACUGAGUCAGUGACGGGACAGGACACUUUAAAGCUAUAUAGGCAGACGACCAACCCCUGGUACCAAACUCCAAACAACAUGUAAAUACUUAACACUAUAUUUAAGUUCUGAUAAUAAUCCCAGCUUUUUUGUCUUUGAAAUUUUAAAGAUAGAGCUGUAUUUAUCGUUGCUGUCAGCAUAUACUGUAGCUUCAAUUGACAGCAUUAUGUACAUAGGUCACCUUUUAGUAUUAUUUCACAUUGAAAAGUAGAGGGCGUUUGUGAUGGUAAUGACUAUUGAGCUUCUAAUAGAGUUUCUCUCUAGUUUUGUACGGUAGAAGGAAGGAUAGUGCUAACACGGUACAGCAGUGGCAGUCCACUUGUUUCAAAAGUUUGUUAUAUAAAUCUAUAUAUAUAUAUAUAUAUACAUACAUAUAAAGCUGCUAGAUACAAUCACUAAUUUUAUUAUGUUGACAGAGAAAAUCAGCUAUGAACGACUGUUAAACCCUAAAUCUCCAACAGCAUAUAACCAUGAUGGUGAGUUUUUAGAUGUUUGAUUGCUCUGUGUGAUGAAGUGGACACUUGUGCAUGUGUGUGGGUAUGCGACUGUUACUAUAUGUGCGUUCUUGUGUGCCCACAAGUGUGUGUGUGUGUGUGUGUGUGUGUGUGUGUGUGUGUGUGUGUGUGUGUGUGUGUGUGUGUGUGUGUGUGUGUGUGUGUGUGUGUGUGUGUGUGUUAGUUUCUAGUGUGCUGGCUGUGUGCGUGCGGGGUUGGUGUGUAACCAAAUGUUUGGUUGGUUGUCAUAUUCUCCCAUUGUAAUUGGAUUGCCCUGCAUUAUUGCAAGCUGAACCAAGGUUUGAUGAACCUGAUUAAAACUUGCUGGCUGAGAAGCAAAAUGUAGGACGUGCAUUUAUACAAAGUGUAGAGAAUGCUGAAAUAACACUUCUCAUUCUGCAUUAACCAGCACAGUGCAACUUCCUGUCAUGUACUGUAUUAUAUAUGCAACAUGUGUCUGUCUGCUUUAAUAUAUAUAUAUAUUUUUUUUUUGAUCUGCAUUAUACAAGACUUCAGUUUUAACCACUUUGCUGCUAGUCUUUUAUCCUCUUUCAAUCUUGGAAAUUGUGCAUAUCUUUGGGAAUGCAUACAAGUGUACAUUCUUGACAUUGUGUAGAUUAAAAACGAAAAAAAGCUAUAUAAACCCGUUUCUCUUCAGUGUAUUGUUUUUAAAGUUACUUUUCACAGCAGUUGAGUGGUUAUGUUUCAAUUCUCCGAUGCUUUGGUGCACUGAUGAUACUAUAUGUAAGCUUUUUUUCAUCUUACAGCGCUUGAUGUAACAUUUAUGUGAUUAGUUCUAAAUAGUGGAAGACAUUUGUGUUUUGAAACUUGCAGUAUAAAUGGUACUACUCUUAA